AUGGCUUUCAUAUUUAACACAACUGCAAUCAACAUCAACUAAAAGAAAAAAUGCGAUUGCAUAUCAUACCUAAAUGAUUUUGAAUGCAAUUUAAAUUAAUAAUGUAUGUGGAUCAACUCCGCUUGUUAAACCAAAACAUGCUCUUAAUUUUAUUAUCCAUUUUAAUGUAAGAGUUCGCAAGGAUGCUUUUACAAUCCUAAGGAUAAUACUUGUGGAGUUUAUGCAGAGUGUAGUCAAUUGACUGCAACAUCCUAAUAAGAUUGUGAGUCGCAAUCAUACUAUUGCGGAUUAUAUAAUACUACAUCGAAAGUAUGCUAAAGCUUGCCUCUGAAUGCAUGUCCCCAAUAUACAGUAUAAUAAGAAUGCUUGUAUUCUGGUUAAGGUUAAUUAUGUUUAUGGAGUGAUAAUUAAUGUUAAGAUUUUAAUUGCUCUCUAAUAAAUACUUAAUCUUAGUGUUAAACCUAUAAUUUAUAUUGCACUUGGAUGAUUAACACUCAAUAAUGUGUUACAGCUACCUGUGAUAAUAAAGCUCCAUCCGAAUGUACAUUAUUUUUAUCCAAAAAUGGUAAUAACACUGAUAUUUAACCUUGUUAUGUUGAUUAUUCAGCAACACCAGCAAAAUGUCGGGAUGCUUCAUUGUCUGAUUUAUCGGCAUACACAUGCAGCUUAAAUACAUUGAAUUAUGCACUAUGGAAUAAUGGGAACUUGCAUAGUGGAAGUUGUGAACUUUGCUAUGCCCCUUUAAUUUAAAUCAUCAUUCUAGCGAUAUUAAUUAUGAUUUAAUGA